AUUUACAUACUAAACACAUUAUAUAUUAACAGUUUUAAUUAGUUAUAUUUAACGAGUGCUUUUUAGAAAAUGGCUAACGCGUCAAUAGGUUUUACUGACACUUUCAAUCUUUCAACUGAAGCAAAUAUAAUAUUUUCCGAAAAUGGGAACACGAGUCUACCUGCAUCAUUAACUGGACUUGCAGACCAAAUUCAACAGAAAAUGAAUACAGCACAAUACUUCGUUUGUCCAACUUUGUUUGUUGUUGGUAUUGUAGGAAAUAUAUGUACAGUAUUGACUGUUUCACGUGCACAGUUUCAUCAAAUGACAUCACGGUUUAUCUUGUACGCGCUGGCUGUCUCUGAUUCUCUUCUUCUCUUCACAAAUCCAUUUAACCAACAAUUCAUGACCAAACUUUGGAUGCUUGACGUACGAGCUUUGUCAAAGACUGGAUGCAAAUUUUUCUUUGUCAUGUAUAGAACGGGAAAAAUGUCGUCAUCUUGGUUCAUUGUUCUAGUGGCAGUAGAACGAUUUGUUGCUAUCAUGUUCCCACUAAAGGCAAAACAAUUUCUAACGAAAACGACGGUUUGUACAGCUGUGUUUAUUAUUUAUUCAGUGAUGAUUUCGGUCUCGGGAAUUUGGACAUUUUCUACAGACAUUGUAAAUGAAACAUGUAUGUCAGACGUGACGUCUCCUAAUACGAAAAGCCUGCACAAAUCAUUUGUAAUUGUUGGGGCUAUGUGCUAUUCGAUUAUCCCGAUUAUUAUUCUUCUCAUACUUACGCCUUUGAUUAUUGUAAAACUGUGCCGAAGCCAAUAUCACCGUAAAGUUCUGCAGCAUAACAACAUUGACAGAAGUGCAAAAGAUACAUCUCGAGUCACAGUAAUGCUGAUCGGCAUUGUCAUAACUUACAUUGUUUGUGUCACACCAAUUUCACUUGUCCUCAUUUUAACAUUUUGGACCAACGAGCCAUUUUUCUCAUCAAAGAAGAUAGAGUAUAUCAUUCUUGCGGGUGUCGCAAUGUCAUUUGAACAACUAAACCAUUCAAGCAAUUUCUUUGUUUACAUCUUGUGUUGUCGCCAAUUUCGACAAAGAUUUGUUCGGAUGGUAUGCUGGUCUAGAAACUCGGUACUCGCUACGGACACUUCCGCUUCCAUUCCUACCAAUACUGAGUUCCUAAAAGACACGAAGCUUGAAACACAAACACAUAUAGACGACGGGAAUAUUUAAAUGUUUUUAGAUAAAAACUGUCACGUUUGAGUACAUAUUGUGAUUGCUUUUCUUGUUCAAUGAUUUUCUAUUACAAUUGGUUUAAGCUAGUCUAGAAUUUUGUCUAAAAACUUUUAUUUUUGAUCGUUUAA